AUGGGCGUCAUAACGCGAAUCCUGUCGCGGCCCGUCAACAAGCCCUACCGCACCAAACACCUCCACCAGUCCGACAAAGAUGAGCCCCCCUACCUCAACGCCAACAGCAACCUCGACUUCCGCCCCGGCGACAUCGAAAACCCGCACAACUGGUCCACGCCGCGCCGCUGGGGCGUCACCAUCAGCGCCGUCAUGCUCGUCAUGAACGCCACCUUUGCGUCCAGCUCCCCCAGCGGCUGCCUGGGCAGCAUCACAAAGGAGUUUGGCAUCUCCACCGAGGCCGCCGGCCUGACCAUCACCGUCUUCCUGCUCGGCUACUGCGCGGGGCCGCUGCUCUUCGCGCCCCUGAGCGAGCUGUAUGGUCGACGUUGGAUCUUCUACAUCAGCUUCACCAUGUACCUUGCGUUCAACUUCCUCUGUGCUUUCGCGCCCAACUUUGGGAGCUUGCUCGUCGGGCGCUUCCUCACGGGGACGCUCGUCUCGGCGCCGCUGAGCAAUGCGCCUGGUGUGCUCGCAGACUUGUGGGAUCCUGUUGAGCGUGGCAACGCCAUGGCGGGCUUCUCUGCCAUGGUAUGGAUUGGCCCUGCCCUCGGCCCUGUCAUCUCUGGCUUCCUCGAGCUCAAGAAGAACUGGCGCUGGAGCUUCUACGUCUUGCUAUGGCUCGGCGCCGCCACGUGGGUGCUUAUGCUCACCAUCCCCGAGACGCACGGCCCGACCAUCCUGCGACACAAGGCGGAGCGUCUUCGCAAGGCCAAGAUCCCUGGCUUCGAGAACGUCAAGGCUCCGUGCGAGGAGACGGACCGCUCCCUCAAGACUGUCUACAAGAUCGCCCUGACGCGACCGUGGAUCAUCCUCUUCGACCCCAUCUCGCUUCUCUGUGCCAUCUACCUGGCGGUUGUGUACACGUUGCUGUACAUGCUCUUCAGCAUCUACCCGAUCGUGUUCCAGGAGAAGCGUGGCUGGAAUGCGGGCGUCGGCGAGCUGCCCCUCAUCGGGACCGUCGUCGGCGCUGUGCUGGGCGGCUUUGUUGUCAUGUACGACACUCGCCGUCGCGCAAAGCGCAUUGAGCAGGGCAAGAUCAAGAUGGAGGACAUGGAGCCCGAAGACCGACUCCCGCUGGCCAUGGUUGGCGGCAUAGGCUUUGCCGUGACCAUGUUCUGGCUGGCCUGGUCCGCCGAGUACAACUCUGUCCACUGGAUCGUCCCAACCCUCGCCGGCUGCUUCCUCGCCACCUCCCUACUCCUCAUCUUCGUCGCAUACCUCAACUACCUCGUCGACACGUACCUCAUGUACGCCGCCUCCGCCAUCGCCGCCAACACCAUCGCCCGCUCCGCCUGCGGCGCCGCGGCGCCCCUCUUCACCAACCAGAUGUUCGCCGCCAUGGGCAUCGGCGGUGGCGGGAGCCUCAUCGGCGGCGUCGCAACCGUCCUCGCCAUCAUCCCCUUUGCGUUCUACAAGUACGGCAAGCAGAUUCGUGUCCGGAGCAAGUUUGCGCCCACGAACCUCAAGAAGGAGGAGCGUGUCGCGGACGAAGAGGCGGCUGAUCCGACAAAUUACGAUCUCGAGAGCGUGGACAGCGAAACUGCCAGCGAGUCCCCCGACAGCGAUAGUACUGUCGCCGCGACUGAGAAGAGCGAGCAUCCAAACGCUGCAGCACAAAACGGAGUCUUGAGCGGCUCUGGUCAUAUGCACUCGACGAAUGAGAAGGCAAAAGAGGAAGUGUAA